AAGCCGGAAGCGACGUGGGCCGUGCUAGCCUCGUGGCUCCGAACUCGGUGGUCUUGGAGGCGUCGCAGGAUUGGGGAGAAGAUGGCGGAAGAGGAAUUCUCCAAUACAACUCACGAGAGUUUCAAUGUCACCCUCCACACUAUCCUGGGUGUCACGACAAAACUGGUGCUCCCGACCCCUGCCAAGCCCAUCCUUCCUGUGCAGACGGGGGAGCAGGCUCAGCAGGAGGAGCAGUCCAGUGGCAUGACCAUUUUCUUCAGCCUCCUUGUCCUAGCUAUCUGCAUCAUAUUGGUGCAUUUGCUUAUCCGAUACCGACUGCAUUUCUUGCCAGAGAGCGUUGCUGUUGUUUCUCUAGGUAUUCUCAUGGGAGCUGUUAUAAAAAUUAUAGAGUUUAAAAAACUGGCAAAUUGGAAGGAAGAAGAAAUGUUUCGUCCAAAUAUGUUUUUCCUCCUCUUGCUUCCACCUAUUAUCUUUGAGUCUGGAUAUUCUUUGCACAAGGGUAACUUCUUUCAGAAUAUUGGUUCUAUCGCCUUGUUUGCUGUGUUUGGUACUGCAAUCUCCGCUUUUGUAGUAGGUGGCGGAAUUUAUUUUCUGGGCCAGGCUGAUGUAAUCUCUAAACUCAACAUGACAGACAGUUUCGCCUUUGGCUCCCUGAUAUCUGCCGUCGACCCAGUGGCCACUAUCGCUAUUUUCAAUGCACUGCACGUGGACCCUGUGCUUAACAUGCUGGUCUUUGGAGAAAGUAUUCUCAACGAUGCAGUCUCCAUUGUCCUGACCAACACAGCUGAAGGUUUGACAAGAAAAAAUAUGUCAGAUGUCAGUGGGUGGCAGACGUUUUUCCAAGCCCUUGGCUACUUCCUCAAAAUGUUCUUUGGCUCUGCGGCACUCGGCACUCUGACUGGCUUAAUUUCUGCAUUAGUGUUAAAGCACAUUGACUUGAGGAAAACGCCUUCCUUGGAGUUCGGCAUGAUGAUCAUUUUUGCCUAUCUGCCAUAUGGGCUCGCAGAAGGAAUCUCUCUCUCAGGCAUCAUGGCCAUCCUGUUCUCAGGCAUCGUGAUGUCACACUACACACACCACAACCUCUCCCCGGUCACCCAGAUCCUCAUGCAGCAAACCCUCCGGACUGUGGCCUUCUUGUGCGAAACAUGUGUGUUUGCAUUUCUUGGCCUGUCCAUUUUUAGUUUCCCUCACAAGUUUGAAAUUUCCUUUGUCAUCUGGUGCAUAGUGCUCGUGCUGUUUGGCCGAGCGGUCAACAUUUUCCCUCUUUCCUACCUCCUAAAUUUCUUCCGGGAUCAUAAGAUCACGCCGAAGAUGAUGUUCAUCAUGUGGUUCAGUGGCCUGCGGGGUGCCAUCCCCUACGCCCUGAGCCUGCACCUGGACCUGGAGCCCAUGGAGAAGCGACAGCUCAUCGGCACCACCACGAUCGUCAUUGUGCUGUUCACCAUCCUUCUGCUGGGCGGCAGCACCAUGCCCCUCAUCCGCCUCAUGGACAUUGAGGACGCCAAGGUCCGCCGCCGGAGCAAGAAGGAUGUGAACCUCAGCAAGACCGAAAAGAUGGGGAACACCAUCGAGUCCGAGCACUUGUCGGAGCUCACCGAGGAGGAGUACGAAGCCCACUACAUCCGGCGGCAGGACCUCAAGGGCUUCAUGUGGCUGGACGCCAAGUAUCUGAACCCCUUCUUCACGCGGAGGCUCACUCAGGAGGACCUCCACCAUGGGCGCAUCCAGAUGAAAAGCCUGACCAACAAGUGGUACGAGGAGGUGCGCCAGGGCCCGUCGGGCUCCGAGGACGACGAGCAGGAGCUGUUCUGACGGAGGAGCGGGGCCCAGUGUUCCUGCCCCGCUGGUGCUUCCUGGCCCCGUCCCGGCUGCAGCAGCCGGGCAGAGCCACCUGCUGGAGGAGGCUGUGGGGAGCCCGAGGGAGGGGGGUGUGCCACCCCCAGGGAGCAGGUGCCUCCUGUCGCCUUGUGGCUCACACUCCUGCUGUGUGCUGCCCGUUUUUCUUCACCUGUCAGUGGCCCAGCAUAGCCUGUGUCCUCGGCAGGCAGCCGCUUCCCAUGCCCGGGGGCCCAGCUCUGAGCGGGCUGGAAGCUGCGCCCCUGCAGGCUUUGUCUCUCCUGUGUGCUUGGCGCACCCCCUAGAGGGAGAUGCAAGAAGUGCAGGGAUUGUGCGGGCGGUGCAGCUUUCUGGACCGCUCGGUUCAUGCACUUUGCAAGUGAGAGCCUGGCAGCUGCUGCCGCCUACCGGUCUCCCUCAUUGUGCCCGGCUCCCUGCUCCGCUGUUCUCAUGUUCCGGUGGAGCCCCUUCUCCCUGGCUCUGCAGCAUCUGCCUGCCCUUAACCGGCUGCCACCUUUACUGCUCUUUGCGCGUCCUUCCCUUCUCCCAGUUCCGUGCGCCCCGGCUUACCUGCCCUUCCCAGAACUGACUUUGUCUGCACUUGGACUGUGGACAGCUUCUCCACAUGGCUCUUGGUGGGGACCCACGAAGCUCAGGGCUGGUUGCAGGGCUGGGAUUCACACCCCGCCUGGCCCUUCACCUUUCACAGCACCAGAAGUUACCGGCGAGGGCCCAAACAGGAGCGCUCCAGACAGCUGGAAUGCAGUCAUUGUCUCCCUGUACGAAGCACCUUAAUCCCAUAGUUUGAGCCACCCGUUGCCUUGCAUAAAUCUGGCCUUCGCCACUUUCUUUCCAUGGAAAAAGGAAGUCAGGAAGGACGAGGGGACUUUGCCCUUACCUGGGGUUCAGCAGGAAUCUGAAACCGAGCACAUUGUUCUCUGAUCCCAGCUCAGAAUAAGUUAUUUUCUCUUUUGAAUCUGUCACGAGUGUGGCACACACCCGUAAUCCCAGCACUCAGGAGGCU